AUGAAUAAGUCAGAGGCAUCCACAGUGACAUAUUUUGUCUUAUUGGGCUUCCCUGGUCCCUGGAAGAUUCAAAUCACACUUUUCUCACUGAUUCUGCUGGUCUACAUGAUAACUUUGACUGGGAAUAUGGCCAUCAUUUGUGCAGUGAGGUGGAACCAACAACUCCACACCCCUAUGUACAUGUUCCUGGCCAACUUCUCCUUCCUAGAAAUCUGGUACGUGACCUGCACAGUCCCCAACAUGCUGGUCAACUUUCUAUCCAAAACUAAGACUAUGUCCUUCUCUGGAUGCUUUACUCAGUUCUACUUCUUCUUCUCCCUGGGUACAACUGAAUGUUUCUUCCUCUGUGCCAUGGCUUAUGAUAGGUACCUAGCCAUCUGCCACCCACUGCACUAUCCUGCCAUCAUGACUAGGCAAUUCUGCAGUAUUCUUGUGUCCCUCUGUUGGAUCAUUGGUUUCUCUCUAUAUUUGAUUCCCAUUUUCUUCAUUUCUCAAUUGUCUUUCUGUGGCCCCAAUAUCAUUGAUCAUUUUCUCUGUGAUGUGGACCCACUAAUGGCACUCUCCUGUACCCAUACACCCAUCGUAAAACAUGUGUUCUAUUCAAUAAGUACUCUUAUCAUUACUCUCACUGGCUUGUACAUCCUUGCAUCCUAUAUCCUGGUGCUCAGAGCUGUUCUCCAGGUUCCUUCAGAUGGACGACAAAAGGCCUUCUCAACCUGUGGGUCCCACCUGCUGGUGGUGUCUCUGUUUUAUGGAACCAUAGUGGUGAUGUAUGUGACUCCCACAUCUGGCAAAUCAGUUGACAUGCAUAAAGCUAUCACACUGAUAUACUCUGUGGUGACACCAGCUUUAAAUCCCUUCAUCUAUAGCCUGCGUAACAAGGACAUGAAAUAUGCUCUCCAUAAUGUCUUCUUUGGGAAGAUGAUUAUGAAAAACUAA